UCUCAAUGGCCCAGAUCAGUGUGUGGCUAGUGGCAGGAGUGAUGCUCUGCUCCAUCCCGGCUUGCUCUCUUGGAGGGGACAUGCCUUGCAUCCACAGCCUAGAAAAAGGGAAAAUCUUCGGUCCUUUGGGACAGCUGAAAAGCAUCCCCUCUCACUUAUGCCUAAAUGACAGAACCGAUUUCCAAUUUCCUUGGGAAAGCAGAAACAUCACCGAAAUGCAGAAGACACGAUGCACCUGUUUGCACCACCUGAUGCUCCAGCAGAUCUUCAACCUCUUCAGCACAAACAAGAGCCCUGCUGCUUGGAAGCACACACUGAACAAACUGCUCUCUAGCCUGGAUCACAGCUUGGACAGGCUGGAGCAGACGAAAGAAGAAACUCUGGUUUGUCCUGAAGAUUUGGGAAGUCUUGUCCGGAAUUACUUCCUCAGAAUCCGUAACUAUCUGAAGAAAAAGAAACACAGCUCCUGUGCUUGGGAGGUUGUCAGAAGUGAAAUUCAAGUGUGCCUUUUUCUCAUGUAA